AUGUGGUCUCAGGCCCACGUGGACACUGAGGCGCACUUCAACGUCGCCGCGCGCGGCGCGGGCAGCUACAAAGUCUGCUUCCAGAGCAACUCGCGGGCUGAUGUUCUCGUUGACCUGGUCUACUUCUCAUUGGGCCACCUCAGGCGCCCCGGCCAGGUCAACGUGCCCAAAGGCAGCCAGGAAACACGGGGCAAGGAGCUGGCCAGCAAGAGCCACCUGGAUGAGGUGAAGCGCAACGUGAUGGUGGUGGGCGAGCUGGUGGAGAUCCUGAAUGGGGAGCAGCGCUACCUGCAGCGGAAGCUGGACCGCCACGUGCAGACAUGCGUGAGCGCCGAAUUGGUUGGGGAGGGGGCUCGGGGGCCCUCCGGGAGCUGGUACACCGUCCUGGAGGUCGCCGUGCUGGCGGCGGUGGGCUGCUUCAAUGUCUUCGCGCUCUCAAGCAUGUUCAAGGGCCCGGGCGCCGCGCGGGGUCUGCUGACCUACAUGCCGAAGCCGGGCAGCGGCAAGACCAAGGCGGUGACCCUUAUCCCAGGGGACGGCAUCGGGCCAGAGGUGACGGACGCGGUGGUGCAGAUCGUGGACGCGCUGGAGGCGCCCAUCGUCUGGGAAAGGUUUGACGGCUUGUCAGGCUCCUUGCCCGACGGCACGCCGCGGUUGGAGGUGCCCAAGGAUGUCCUGGACUCGAUUCGCAAGAACGGGGUGUGCCUCAAGGGGACGCUAUUCACGCCGCUUUCGCACAAGAACACCUCAACACAGUCACUCAACGUGCAGCUGCGGAAGGAUCUUGAUCUGGUCGUCAACCUGGUCCACGGCUUCAGCAUCCCGGGCCUCAAGACCCGCCACGAGGACCUUGACAUCGUCGUCAUCAGGUGUGCACGCAGCCCAGGGAUUACGCGCCUGUCCUUUUUUGGCAUCUAG